GACGUCACGCGGUGUCUAAUGGCUGAACAACAACUCUCAGCGAGAGACAAACUUUCCCAAACUUCCACGGAGACGAGAGAAAGUUGGAAUUAGCUCGUCGCUCUGGCUCCGUCGCAGUUCGGAGGAGUUCGUGUGUUUGUUACCUCGUCGUCACCGAUGUGGACUCACUGAUGGAUUCACGGUUCGACAUCCCGCGGAGGGCCGCCGGUGGUGGCGGGGGCUCCGCGAACUCGUCGCCCGGUCUCGGGGCUCAGUCGCGCCGCAGGAAGAUGCCCCCGCGCCCCGCCGAUUUCAAACUGCAGAUCAUCAUCAUCGGCUCGCGCGGCGUCGGUAAAACCAGCCUCAUGGAGAGAUACACGGACGACACGUUCUGCGAGGCGUGCAAGUCCACAGUAGGAGUUGACUUCAAAAUCAAGACAGUGGAGCUGAGAGGGAGGAAGAUCAGACUACAGAUAUGGGACACUGCCGGCCAGGAGCGGUUCAACAGCAUCACAUCAGCUUACUACAGGGGAGCUAAGGGAAUAGUGCUGGUGUAUGACAUCACCAAGCAGGAGACGUUUGAAGACCUUCCCAAGUGGAUGAAGAUGAUAGACAAGUACGCGUCAGAGGAAGCAGAGCUCCUCCUGGUUGGGAACAAGCUGGACUGUGAGAGCGACCGUAUCAUCUCCAGACAGCAGGGGGAGCGGUUUGCUUCUCGAAUCAGUGGAAUGCGCUUCUGCGAAGCGAGUGCCAAGGAUAACUUUAACGUGGAUGAGAUCUUCCUGAAGCUUGUGGAUGACAUUCUCAGCAAGAUGCCUCUGGAAGUUCCCAACAAGGAGCUGUCCAACAGUGUCCUGUCUCUGCAGCCUGAACCGGAAGUGCCUCCGGAGUUGCCCCCACCUCGCAUGCGCUGUUGCUGAGAGUGGUCCCCCAUCCUACACACACACACACAGCACACACAGUACACACAGCACACUCAUGCAGAGCACCCAGCUGGCCACCAGGGGGCAGGACGCGGCAGCAGUUGGGAAUUUUUUACUACAGCUCUGAAAAUGCAUGGACUCUCUUUUAACAAACCAGUAUUAUCUUAUCCCUGUUUCUCCUCCCUCUUUUUGUAGCUGAACACUAUGACAUGUGCCGUACUAACACGUGGUUCGCCCGCCUCCUUCCAACCCUUCUGUCGACAUUUGACCCGGACUACCUCAUUCCUCUGACCGAUAGACGAGCUGUGCCCCUCAGGUGCCUUCAAGCUGGAGAGCCCUCUGGUCGCAGUUGCACAUUUUCUAUGGAGGGGGGAUUAUUGAGGGGCCCUGCAGCUUGUUCUCUUGCUGUUUCAUUUUGUCACCACACACACUAAGUUGUAAACGUAGUCUGAGUCGCCCCUGACAGUUGGUUAUCUCACAGAGAAUCCGCCUCUGCUCAAUUCUGGGUCUUGGUACAGUAGUUAUAUAUUCUUAUUAAUAAGUAUUUUCACCAAGUGACAGGUUGACACUUGAGGUAAACAAAGCACAUAAUGUAAAUAUGGUGUGUUGCUGUAAUGACUGGACAAAGUGCAGAUUUCCGUGGCUGGCAGCGGGUGGUUGUGCGGUGGUGAUCGGUUACUAUUCCUUUGCCUUAAAGUAUUAAAGUGGCUGUAGCGGCUCUCUUUGCGUUUUCUAAAAACUAAUGUUUUGCACUACAAAUCAUCGUAACUAGACGUUAGCUUACGUGCAGAAAAAGAAAAAAAGCACACAACUUGUAGAUUAGCACUAACAACGAUCAUUGUUGCCUCAGUAGUGGCCGCUCACAGCUCUUCCACAGCCUGUUAGAGGGGAGAGAUGGGUUAUGUAGUCUUCGGUGGACAGGAGCUAUCACAGGGACAAUUUCCACAUAUGUUGCUGUUUCUUCUGAGGGAAUAGAGACAGAAACAAACUACACAGGCACAUUUUUUUUGAAAGUUUAAGCUUCCUUCUUUGGUUUUGUUACUAAUAUUUGUAAUUGUUUUGUUUUGGUGUUUUUCCUUUGGAUCAGUCGAGGGAAAGACGCGCAACUCCCUUCGGUGGGGAAACAGUGCAGGAUUUGUGUGGCGUUUGAACAUGAGAGGAAACUGUGAUCGGGUUAUCUGCUCGUUUUGUGCAGCUUUUAUUUUGCUUCGUGCUUCAUAUCAAAUUAAUAAAGAAGCAUUUUCCUAAAAAAUCCUGCUUAAAAGGGAACGUUUGUGUUUAUUGGAGGAAGGUUAGAUGCUUUGAAUUUAUGAUUUGGCCGUUUAUUAUGGACCAGUUUGGGGAUAUCUCAUCAGUUGUUUCAACAAGGCAAUGCAUGUUAGGUUCUCCUUUUGCUUGUGUAGACAAUAAUAAUCAUUUAAUUCCCAUUUAAUCCUUGUGGUGAAAUGACUGCAGUAUGAGAAAUGUGCACUGUGGGUGUUUGAGUUUUGUUGCUACAUGUUAAAACCCACGAGAAGGACAAGCCCGUUCAGAAGACAGGAUUUAGAACAUUUAUUACGUUUUAUGUUAAGCUCAAGCUUUUGUGGAUUUAAAAUGGCACAUGGUGGAUGUUAACAAAUGAAUACUUUCAUACCAAAAGAAAAAUAUAUGUGAGCCUGACAUCCCAGCACAGCACUUCUUCCAGUGAGAUUAGCAGCCAGCAGGAGACCUUCAUCUGUCCGCCUCCCCGACUUUUCACCACUAACCCUGUGGUCUGUGUUUCAGUAGCUCAGCCUUAUACUAUCAGUGUUUUAAAUAUACGUUUUUUAAACAAACACUUUUAUUGAAAUGGAAAUCUGUAUCUUUUUACAGAGAUGGAAGACUGUGCUUUGUAAAAAACCUGUUUCAAGUCUUUGGAAAAAGUUUUCGGCAUGUUUAAAGUGGACUUGUAUUUAUAACUUGUGGCAUUCUUGAACUAAUGAAUUGCAAUUAAAGACAUCUAUAUUUAUUACCAAA